AUGUCGGGGAAAAUUGACAGUAAGCAAGAUUCCCAGCGCUCUCACUUGUCAUCCUUCACCAUGAAGUUAAUGGACAAGUUCCAUUCCCCCAAAAUCAAGAGGACACCUUCAAAGAAAACUUCGAAACCACAGACAGAACAAAGUGUCAAGACCGUUGAAAAACAUGAGCCUAAGACUCUCAGUCGACUAGAAGAGUAUGAGAAAGAUGUUGUCAGUGCCUUGCGUUACUUCAAAACUAUUAUUGACAAGAUGGUAGUGGACAAGAAGGUUCUAGAAAUGUUACCGGGUUCUGCAAGUAAAGUUUUGGAGGCCAUCCUGCCUCUGGUACAGGUGGAUCCAAGGAUACAGCACAGUACGACGGUGACAUCCUGUCUCAGCCGCGUCUAUCAGAGUUUGGCCAACCUCAUACGUUGGUCAGAUCAGGUGAUGCUUGCUGGGAUUAACCUGGAGGACAAGGAAACCAUAGUAACAGUCACCACCGUGAUUAAAGCUGUGCUUGAUGGUGUAAAGGAGCUUGUGAAAGUGACAAUGGAGAAACAAGAGCACCCAUCUCCCUCGUCGCCUGUGAAAACUGUACCACCUGCCCCUGGAACUGACAGCGGUACAGAGCCAUCUGUCGUUGAGAAGGACAAAGAGAGUGUGAGCAGUACCUCAGUCACAGAGGGACAGUCCACAGAACUGUCCACUGAUACAGCGGAUGAAGAGGUAGCCCCUCCUAAACCCCCCCUCCCGGGUCUGAAAGUACCUGAACACUGUCCCCCAGCUCUUCCUCCAAAGAAACGCCAGUCAGGCCAUUCUCCCACCAGGAUUGCAGUCGUUGCUCCAAUGAGUCGCACCACAAGUGGAUCUAGUCUUCCAGUCCCAAUUAGCAGACAGGAGUACGAAUCGGAUUCCCUGCAGAGACGAUUUUCUGGUGGGAGCCACUCAUAUGGAGGGGAGUCUCCGCGACUGUCCCCCUGCAGCAGUAUGGGUAAACUUAGCAAGUCUGAUGAGCAGCUGGCGUCUUUGGAACAGGACAGCGGCCAGUGCUCUCGCAACACAAGCUGUGAGACGCUAGAUAUCCAGGAUGGCUAUGAUCCUGACUAUGACUUCCUGCACCAAGACCUGUCUACUGUUGAUCAGAUCCCUCCUCUCCAUGGCAGUUGCCUGAGUCCCCUACCAGAGUCCCACCAUGAGUCCUCCUCUCCAUGCCCCGGACAGUUCCCUUGCACGGCCCCCCCUCUUCUCCAGCCAGACCAGUCAGGUCUCUGUGCCCCUCCAGCGCUGCCGGAGAAGAAGCGGCGUAGCGGCACGUCCCAGGCCGCCUCCACGGACGGUUUCAGUUCUCACAUGCCCCUGGAGCGUCUCCGCUCGCAGUACGACAACAUCACGGACGACGACAUGCAGCCGCCUCCCUUCCCUCUCUUCACCCCGAUCCCGGCCAUGCCGCAGGGUGACGUCGUAGAUUUCGUGCCGGAGUUCAGUGCCAGCGGCGAGAACGGAGACGUCUCGCAGAGUCCCCCGCCCCUGCCUGAGAAGAAGAGUCGGCACAUCCUUAAGUACAUGCAGUUUGUGGAGGACUACUCCGAACCACAGCCCUCUGUGUUCUACCAGACGCCGCAAAGCGAAAGCAUAUAUGAACAGCGGAACAAACGCUUCCAGGAAGUGUACGGCUUCAGCGAUUCCUUCAGCAGCAGUGACUCUGUGCACGAGCCCCUCCCUCCCCCAGCUCUGCCACCCAAGCAGAGACAGCUGGCCUCUUCGCACUCUGCGUCUCCCUUUUCUUCCUCCUCCUCCUCAUCUUCUAUGUCCUGCCACCUCCAGCAGUGUCAGGCUGGGACGGUCUCUGCAGAGGGAGACACGGUGCCCAACCUGUCCGUCUGUAAUUCAGGCCUGACUGCUCCCCUGGUGAGUCCUGUGACUGAAAUCCCUUACGAUGAAGGAGGGGAGGGUGAGUACGUCAAUCUGUAUUCCUCCAGCCAGGCCAAUGGGAAUCUGCUGCUCUCCCAUAGAGAUCCCAGUGACGAGCCUGAGGACAGUGCUGUGGAACAGAGUAAAGACGCUGCUGACACCGACAGCAGGAAGCAGAGGUGUACUGACUCAGGCCAGGAGUCUGGGGAGGUGGAUGAGCUUUCUCUCAUAGACCAUGACGAGAUCAUGGCACGGAUAACACUAAAACAGGAGAAUGAUGAUGGGCCUGAUGUGAGAGCUGGAUCAGGGGACAUUCUGUUGGUUCAUGCCACAGAAACAGAGCGCAAAGAUCUUGUCUUAUACUGUGAGGCAUUUCUGACGACGUACAGAACGUUCUUAAGCCCUGAGGACCUCAUCAAAAAGCUUCACUAUAGAUAUACCAAGUUCUGUCACAGCUCAGACAACUUUAAAAAACGAGUCAGCAAAAACACUUUCUUCGUCCUUGUGCGAGUGGUGGAUGAACUUUGUGCGGUGGAGCUGACGGAGGACAUCCUGAAGCAGCUGAUGGAGCUGGUGUUCUGGCUGGUGUCUAACGGGGAGCUCAGCCUGGCCAGGGUUCUCCGCAAGAACAUUCUGGACAAAGUGGAACAGAAGAAGCUUAUGCGGUACACGUUCUCCUUCAAACCGCUUGCUGCCAGAGGCGUUGCCGCAAGGCCAGGCACCCUGCACGAUUUCCGCAGUCAUGAGAUCGCAGACCAGCUGACUCUCCUCGACGCAGAACUCUUCUACAAAAUCGAGAUCCCAGAGGUUUUACUUUGGGCUAAGGAGCAAAACGAAGAGAAAAGUCCCAACCUGACCCAGUUCACAGAACACUUUAACAACAUGUCCUACUGGGUACGUUCAAUAAUAAUCCUCCAGGAAAAACCCCAGGACCGCGAGAAGUUACUCUUGAAGUUCAUCAAAAUUAUGAAGCACUUAAGAAAACUAAACAACUUUAACUCAUACUUGGCGAUAUUGUCUGCUUUGGAUUCAGCUCCCAUCCGGAGACUGGAGUGGCAAAAACAGACAUCAGAGGGGUUGGAAGAGUACUGCACUUUAAUCGAUAGUUCUUCCUCGUUCCGGGCGUAUCGAGCAGCGUUGGCCGACGUGGAGCCGCCCUGCAUACCGUACCUUGGUCUUAUCCUCCAGGACUUGACCUUUGUGCAUUUGGGGAACCCUGACUUCAUCGAUGGGAAGAUCAACUUCUCCAAACGCUGGCAACAGUUCAACAUCUUGGACAGCAUGCGGCGAUUUCAACAAGUACAUUACGAUCUCAAACACAAUGAGGAUAUUGUUUCCUUCUUUAAUGACUUCAGUGAUCACCUGGCAGAAGAGGCGCUGUGGGAACUGUCUUUGAAGAUAAAACCACGUAACAAAACAUAG